AUACGUUAGUUUUUAUUAAAAAAUUUUAUGUGAAAACACGUGUAUUGAAAUAAAGUGCCUUUUUAACCAACCCAAAUAUAAGACGGACUCAACAAAAUAUUAAUGGUUUGAUUAAAAUUGAAAACGGCAUCAUAAAAAUCAAUUAAUAUAAAUAUCAAAAUGACUGACGUAUCUCCGAUGAAUACAUCAAAUAGUGUAUCAGGACCUUCAUCGAAUCCAGGUCCUUUGAGACCUGCAAAUUUUACGGGACGUAUUGUAAAGGAAGGUCAACUGUAUAAAAGGGGCGAACAUUACAGAAACUGGCGAUCACGAUAUUUUUUCUUACUAGAUGAUGGUUCGUUAAUUGGUUUUAAAAGCAAACCAGAACCCAAUUCUAAGGAAGAUCCAUUAAAUAACUUUACUGUGAAAGGUUGUCAAAUAAUGCCAACCGAUAAACCAAAACCGUACACUUUCUUAAUUCGUGGAUUGCAAUGGACAACAGUUAUUGAACGCACUUUUAAUGUUGACACUGAACGUGAGCGUGAAGAAUGGAUAGCUGCAAUUAAAUAUGUUUCAGAGCAAGUUACAGCACCUGGAAGUUCAGUACCAGCGUUUAAUUCUAAUCAAAUUGAAGAUGUUGAUAUGCGACCUGCAGAACAAAUUACAGCAGAAGAUCUUUCAGAAAAAUUUUCUGUACAGGGCACAUCUAGUUCAAAAUCGACUGGAAAACGGAAAGUUACUCUAGAAAAUUUUGAAUAUUUAAAAGUAUUGGGAAAGGGUACAUUUGGUAAAGUAAUUUUAUGCCGUGAGAAAUUAACUGGUCGAUUAUAUGCAAUUAAAAUUUUAAAGAAAGGUGUAAUUAUGGAAAAAGAUGAAGUUGAACAUACCCGUACAGAAAAUCGAGUUUUACGUACCACUAACCAUCCUUUUUUAAUUUCACUGAAAUAUUCAUUUCAAACAAAUGACAGAUUAUGUUUUGUCAUGGAAUAUGUUAAUGGUGGUGAAUUAUUUUUCCAUUUAUCACGCGAGAGAGUUUUUUCUGAAGAUCGAACCCGGUUUUAUGGAGCAGAAAUUGUAUCUGCGUUAGGCUAUCUACAUUCUUUAAAAAUAAUUUACAGAGAUUUAAAACUAGAAAAUUUACUUUUGGAUAAAGAUGGUCACAUAAAAAUUGCUGAUUUUGGUUUGUGUAAGGAAGAUAUCACUUAUGGGCGAACUACCAAAACAUUUUGUGGAACACCUGAAUAUUUAGCUCCUGAAGUUUUAGAUGAUAAUGAUUAUGGAAGUGCUGUUGAUUGGUGGGGCGUUGGCGUUGUUAUGUAUGAAAUGAUGUGUGGUCGUCUUCCAUUUUACAAUCGGGAUCAUGAUAAAUUAUUCACCUUAAUUUUAAUGGAAGAAGUUAAAUUUCCACGAACACUUAGUGCUGAUGCGAGAAGUUUACUAGCUGGGUUAUUAGUCAAAGAACCAGCUCACAGAUUAGGUGGUGGACCACAAGAUGUUCGAGAAAUAAUGGAACAUCCUUUCUUUAGCUCAAUUAAUUGGAAUGACUUAGUUCAAAAGAAAGUACCACCGCCUUUUAAACCACAAGUUACAUCGGAUACCGAUACACGAUAUUUUGAUUCAGAAUUCACAGGUGAAAGUGUUGAAUUAACACCUCCAGAUCAAACUGGACCCCUUGGUGCAAUUAAAGAAGAACCGUAUUUCCAAUUUAGUUAUCAGGAUAUCGCAUCAACUUUAGGAACAAGUAUGACUGGAAUUCGUAUAAGUCAAUCGAGCACUGGUAGUGGUGGUGGCAUAACUGCAGCAAUGCAGUGAAAAUUUUUAAACGUAUUAUCAAGAUGAACAAUUUGAUUGUGUGCUCAUCUUCUGUUCCUAUCAAUUUUUAAGAUUUAAUUUACAAUUAAGUUUCUCAAAACAUACUACAAAAAGGUUAAUAAUCAUGAUUUAAUUCAAUUUAGAAUGGUUAAUUUAUUAGCAGCUUUUUAAU